CAUCAUCCAGCCAGUGAGUUAACAGGUUCCACUGUUCAUCUCUUCAAAUAACCCUUAGCUGUAAACAGUUCAUCCCAGCUGUGCUGCAUAGUUGUGGACCAAACAGCUCUCACGAUGUCUGUCGUGCAGAUUAGUGCCGUGACCUUCUCUUUGAUCAGUCUCCUGCUGCUUCUGAUUUCACUGGGCUCAAACUACUGGGUGCUGCUUUACCCCACUCAUUCUGGCCUAUGGAAAGUUUGCAUUGAUACCUCAUGCACUUCAUACCCGACUGAUGUAGGAGAUGUCAUAAGAGCCACCCGGGCUUUUCUGCUGAUUGGGAUCAUCCCUGGUGCCAUCUCUUUCUUUGGUCUUUGUGCCACGUGUUGUAAGUCUCACCUCGGCUCCAUCUCACUGGCCAGGAUCUCAGCUGUCGCUGGCAUAAUUGCAGCUCUUAGUGUGCUGAUUGCCAUGGUCAUCUUCACAGAAAAUGUUAGGGGACAGCUCACUUAUGGAUGGUCUUUUGGCUUGGGAUGGGCCUCUAUGGUUCUCUUCCUUAUAACUGGUUUCCUUGCUUACAAACUACAACCUGGUACAUCAUAAUCAGCAUGGGGAAAAGACAGUGCUGCCAUUUGAGAUGACAUCUAUUCCAGUCAAAUAUUGGUAGUAGAGGGCAUGUAUUAAAUUUUUGGCAGUUGAAUGGGAUAUAA